GAAGUGUUGGUGGAGAGACCGAAGAGAGACGGGAGCCAGCCAGGUCGCCGAUGCUGCGGGAAAUUUAGCUCUCCAGAAAUACCGAAAAGGCGGCCAAGUUUUGUUCAGAAUGCGUCCAUAAUCCGCGGACUUUCUGCAAGAGGGCAACUUCAACCUUCUGAUACAAGCUUUGCUAUUUUUCUAUUCCUGGAGAGCUUAAUGCGCCUCGUUUCCAAACAUGAUCGGCAGACUGUUCAUAUUCACAAUACUAUCCAACUGCGUUCUGUCAUUGCCAGUGACUUCAAGUCAGCUGGAGAAUGAGGACGUAAAGGUGAUGAAAUGCAUUGUGGAGGCCCUGGCAGACGUACUAUCGAGAUCCCACCCCAUGCCUGUCAGUCAGGAGUGUCUGAUCACACUGAGGACAGAUGACAGGCUUGUCACUAUCCUUCGCCAUCAUAACUUUCUCAAAGAGCUGCAGGAGAUCGCUGUUCAAGGCGGCCAACAGCGAGCUCAGCUGCAAGGAGGCGAGUGUGUUCCUGAUCAUGUGACAGAAAGUCCUCAGACUGCAGAUGAUUCUGAUGAUCGAUCCAUGGUGGAGGCUUUAGGAGGCCCCGGUGAACAAUCUAUACUGUCCCAGAAGAAGAGGAUGAGGAACGAGGACGAACAGGAAGAAAGGGAUGACAGUCGAAGUGAUGCAGGGUCACCACGGGACAGUGAUGUCAUAGAAGAGAUGCAGGUGAAGAGGGAAGAUGAAGACGAUGAAGAGGAGAGUCCGGAAAGCCACGUCUCUGAGUCUGACUGGAGCAAAGAUAAGACUGAAAAGAGGGAGGAAGGAGAAGAGGAGGAGGAGGAAGAGGAGGAAGAGGAGGAGAAGCGAGGGAACUCAGAUGAGAGAUUUGGGCCAGAAAACAUGACCAAGGAUAAGAAAGGUUCUGGAUCUGACGAAACGAGAGAUACGACAAGGAACCUAUCAAAAGAAGAGGACGAGGAGAAAGAUAAGAGGUCGUCACUAUUUUUACACAGACAAGAGGAGGGCAGGCAGGAGCAGGAGCAGGAGCAGGAGGAUGAGGAUGAGGAUGACGGAGGGGAGGUGAAGAGAGGGGGCUUAAAGCGCUGGACCAAGAGGACCAAAGCGUUAGCGCUGAAGAAGAAAGGGGCGGUGAAGGAGGAAGUGCCACAUCAUUCGAAGGAGGUCAUGGAUGAAGACGAAGAGAAGAAGAAGAAGAAGAAGAAGAAGAAGAGAGGAGGUCUGAGGAGUCCAGAGGAGCAGGAGCUGCAGAUGAUCGCACGGAGGGCACCUGUGGAGAGGAAGGGGCUGGAGGACGAGGGCAGCGGCAGCAGGAAGUCUGAGCCACAGGAGCCGGAGAUUGAAAGUCUGGCAGCCAUCGAGUCAGAGCUUGAAAACGUUGCCCAGAAACUCCAUGAGCUGCGACGAGGCUGAGAAGCGAUUGAAACUAGGGUGACACCGCAACCUCCUCUGCCUCCUCGUCCUCCUCCGCUUUACCAGCUGCCUGGUUUCCACAGAUAGAGCGUGUGUGAAUAUGUGACAAGAUUUUUUUGUCUUUUGCUAUUUUUCUUGAGGAUGCACUCUUGCUCUGCGCUGCUGCAGCCUCCCUUGUGACACUCUGACUCUUAGAUUAGCGUAUAAUAGACGCAGCUAGACGUUAUUUUAGACAAACAUAUGAUAUACAAAACACACCUAAAGGAGGAUGUCUGCGUCAGUGAAGGAUGACACGCUGUUUAUCCUUCAUUUUCUCUGACUGAUCUUCUCUCUCUUUCUGCAAACGUAUCUCCGCUGCUUUUCACGUCACUUUUAACACUGCACAUUAACAUAAGUGAAAGGUCGAGGUAAUAAAUCCACACAUCAACAAAGGUGAGGUUGCACAGUAAAGGCAUGUAUACAUGUAAAAAGCUCUUUCUGGGAUGCUUACUUCUUAUGAUGAAGAUGAAGGAAAAAAAACAAAACAUAGAUGCUUAAUUAUAGAUACAGUUGAGUCUAAUCAAG